UGCUGGAGAGGACGCAGGUUUAAGUCGCCCCCUGCUGGCUGCUAGAGAGGACGCAGCUUUAAGGAGCUUCUUCCCGCUUGUGCCAAACACCAGUCAUGUGAUCACAUUAGCACCUCGUGAAAAGGCAUCUCUGUGAUUCGGGGUGAAAAAAAAUUUGUUGUUGAUUUGUUUUGCAAGGUUUGUCAGAAAACCUCCCUCCUCUUCUUCAUCAGCUGCAGCUUCAUCCUCCAGCAGACACGGACAAACAUACAGGUGGUGGACAGACAGACAUGAUGUCUGCUGCCCUCACGGACCUCCUCCUCUUCCUCCUCCGGGCUGCUGCUGCUCGUCUCCUCCAAGAUGAACAAGAUGAAGCGUCUCUUCCUGUUCUGCUCUGAAACGCUCCUCUCUGGUGCAGCAGUCUAGCUAUGGUGUAUGCCCAGUCAUCAAACACAGUUGGUGUCAAUCCCUCCUUUUAUUCUCCAUCUUUCACGUAUCAGAUGUCAUUUAACUACUCUGAGAGGGAAAACUCGACUGUCCUGGCAACCUUACCCACAACUCCCCUUUGCAGCCUCGAGGGCUCAUCUUCCAGCCAGCCGAACAGGACCUCUGCCUCGUACGAGCUGACUUCAGGCGAGGUCGCCGUCCUGGGCUUGGUGUUCGGGGUGCUCUGGCUGGUCUCCAUCCUGGGAAAUGCCCUCGUCUGCCUGGUCAUCCAUCGGAGCAGACGGACUCAGUCCACCACCAACUACUUUGUGGUGUCAAUGGCGUGUGCAGACCUGCUCAUGAGCCUGGGUUGCGCCCCCUUCAUCCUCCUGCAGGUCGCCUCAGGACGAUGGCCGCUGAGCGCCCCUGCCUGCAAGGCUGUGCGCUACCUGCAGCACCUCUGUCCGGGUGUGCAGGUCUAUGUCCUGCUUUCUAUCUCUGUAGACCGCUUCUAUACAAUCGUCUACCCCCUCAGCUUCAAGGUGUCGAGAGAGAAGGCGAAGAAGAUGAUCCUGGCCUCGUGGCUGUUUGAUGCAGCCUUCGUGACGCCCUGCCUCUUCUUCUAUGGAUCCGCAUCUACAGACAUCAGCCAUUGUGACUUUUUCCUUCCGGACAGCUGGGGCAGUAUAGCCUACGCCGCGGUUCACCUCCUGUUUGGUUUUGUGGUCCCAGUGGCGCUGAUCGUGUCAUUCUACCAGCGGGUGGUCCGCUACAUCUGGAGGAUCAGUGCUGAUGGACACACGGUGCGCCGGACAAUGAAUAUCGUCCCACGGACUAAGGUCAAGACCAUCAAGAUGUUCCUCAUGCUCAAUUCAGUUUUCUUCCUCACCUGGACGCCCUUCUACAUCUCCCAGCUGUGGCACCCGAGGGAGUCUGAUGGACCCGGUAGGCAGGGGCUGCUGUUCUUCACAGCCAUCGCCUGGGUCUCCUUCAGCUCCGCUGCGUCCAAGCCAACCCUGUACUCGGUCUUCAAUGCAAACUUCAGAAGGGGCAUGAGGGAGACCUUCUGCAUGUCAUCCAUGAAAUGCUACCGCAGUAACGCGUACACCAUCACGGCAAGUUCCCGGAUGGCCAAAAAGAACUAUAUUGGCGUGGUGGACAUCCCAGUGCAAGCAAAGACGGCCCCCGAUACAUUUGACCGAGAUGUAAAGGAAAAGAAAGUAGCCUGGCCCACUAAUGCCAACCCUCCGAAUACUUUUGUCUAAGUGAGUUUGGACGGUUUUGAAACUGUGGAGAUACAAAAAUCUAAAACUUUUCUCUUCAACAGCACAUCAGUGUUGGCAUGUGGGCUAGCUGGAGACUAACAUGAUAGCUUGUAUUCAACUAAGACAAAAUCUCCCAGAAACAGAAUGCGUUCAGUUUGUAUAAAGGGCUCUUUUCUGACGUAACACACCUUUUGGCAGCCGUUUGAGGUUCUCUACAGCUGUGAACAGCUAGCCGUUUUUAUACUUUUAAUCAUAAUUUAUUUCUGUGCUGUGUUUUGAUGGACCGUUUUGCCACUGAUGCAUCGGAGUUUGUGUUUUUUUUCAGCUUGUUAGCUAGCUAACCAUAGUCUGAGGCCAUCUAUCAGUGACCUGUCAAUGCAUCUGAUUUGCUGCAGUAAUGUGUGUGGUAGAAGCUAACGUUAGUAGUGGCUACUAGCCGUAUGUUAACGUUAGCAUCGUCUGCUUUGCAGUGUAUUCUGGCUGACUCAUCUCAAAGACUCACGGUGUUUGUGUUUAAUAAAGAGUAACGGAGAUGGUAAGAGUUGAAAAGUGGGAGGAGGUUCAGGAGUAUUCAGGGUCAUUUUUGGCAAAGGCUUAGACGUGUGCUCAGCUAAGGGAGAGCGUAGCUGAAGAUUAUACCUUUGUAGAAACCUGAUAAAACAUUCAACUGUUUAAGUCUCUUUAAAAUUCCAGAUCAGUUUUAGAUGAGUUUGGCAACUACACAUUUGGCUAAAACACAUAUGCAAACUCUGGAAUAUAUUCAAGGACAGGCCGUUUUUUCUUUUUUUUAAGGCCAAUGCUUACUUUUCAAAAUCAUACUGAAUAAAAUAUCUGCACAUGGCAAUUACAGUACGGUUAAAGGUAGGAAAACACUGUGGUUACAGGAAAUAAACUAUGGUUAAAUUAAGGGCUAGGGUUAAGGGAAAGAUUGGGGUUUGUAAAAAAGCCUACAUGAAUUAAAGGUCUGUGUUAUAGGUCACCAAACCAGUUCCAUGUGGUGUUUUAUCACAAUCAGCUUCAAGCUCUUCAAAAUACUACUUAUUUAUUCAUCACAGUUUUGUCACAUUGCACAUGUAAGUAAGUAGUGUUGUCGUACUCGAGAACGGUCUUAAGACCACUUUUUGAUGGUCUUGUUCUCGUCUCAGACUCGACCGCAUUUAUUCUUGGUCUCGGACAUUGAGGACUUGGGAUUUUAUUUCAAGACCAGUCAAGACCAUAACUUUGGGAAUAUCAAUUAAUUGCUUUUGCAUUGUUUGAUUCAUUUGAAACGUAUUGCUCCAAAUGCAACCAACAACCCUAAUUAAAAAUGUGUUGUUACUGUUAACGACCGUCCCCGCGAUGGUCAGCAUGGAAAAGGAGUAUUGAAUAAAGAUGUUUACGUUGGUUUCACCUCUUAGUGUUUGUAUAUGGGUGUUUUAAUGGGAAUGUGGAUCUUUCAGAUCAAUUUGAGUACCUCUGAUCUCCCUCCACAUUUUAUUGUGCGUCAUGUAAUGUGGGGAACUGGUCUUGGUCUCUCCCUCCCUCGGUCUUGGUCCUGACUCGGUCUCAGCCCCUAAAAGUUUUGGUCUUGUCUCGGUCUUGAUAAACUCCGGUCUUGGUCUUUUUACUUGGGCUCGGUUUGGGCGGUCUUGACUACAACACUACAUGUUAGCAGGCUUCCUGUGCUGAUAACCUGCUUUACACUAGAUGCUAUAGAUUUUUUAAUUCCUGUCAGACUCAGCUGUACUUGAUUUAACAUACUAAAUAAUAACAUGGCCGCACUACGUUAACUGUUCACAGUAUGCAAAUACAUCGGUUUGCCAGCAAACAAGUUGAACCAGGCUCAACUUUUCUUCAACACCACGGCAGCAACGCAGCAUUGUUUUGUCAGCUGAACUCUAAUCAGCUGAGGCUGAACUGUAGUUUUGGAUUAUUGCUAAUAUAAUAACAUUUUAUCAUUAGCAUGUCAGUAUGCUAACACGAUAACAUGAGACAACUAAGGCGACAAUACGUCCCUCUUUUUCCCGGACAGGUCUUCUUUUUGGGACCUAAAAAAUGCGUCCAGCCAGGUUUUCUAAAUCGCCCAAAAUGUCUGGGAUUCAGCUUUUGCUUUCUAGAGUCGGAAUUCAUGUGUGCGUUUUUGCAUUGCUUUGACCUUCCUCUUUAGGUCACGUCUUCUCGCACGCCACCAUUGGCCGGUGGUGAAAACAGGACCUGCAACGAGGAGCGAGCACGUUAGCGUGCAUUAAGCCCAGAUUAAGUCCAGCUUAGAAUGACGAUAGCUCAGAUCUGUAGAGCCGAGUCUGACAGGUCUGAGAUGUUUUUAAAUGGCCGCCUUCUCAAAGAUUAGUCAUGUUACUUUCUUUUAAACGUAAUAGGGAUGUAUGUCAGACUCCACAGCGCUACAGUCUGAUCUACCUGUCCAAAGAUGAUUCUCACCUGUCUUCUCUGCUUUACCUGCUUGUAAAAAAACAUUGUGUCUUUGAAACUUUCUGUAAACUGUCAACUAUACUGUGAUUUGAAGGUCCAUGCUUUAUCCUUAAAAUGAAUUCAGUUCAAACAUGAGAUGCAUUUACAUUUCCAGUACACGUGGUUCCAAUGCUUUUGAAGUUUUGUCAAGAUAAUGUGCUAUGUACAAAUAAAUUAUUUUAUUAUUUUAAAUAAACUUAUCCACGUUAUUAAUACGUGCCA